AUGCAUCCCUCCAUCCUCCCCCUCCUCCUCACCCUCUUCACCCUCACCACCGCCUUCCCAAACACAACCCGCGAAUUCCACCUCUCCACCCGCCUCCUCCCCAACCAACCAGCCAACAAAUCGUCCUUCGAUCAUCUCUACCUCAUCCCCUAUCACACGGGCGCCGGCUUCAACGACGUGGUGCUCAGCCCCACUCUCGACCCCUCCGUUAGAGCCUUCUUCAACGGUUCCAAAGGCGCUCGUCCUCACCAUAACUUGCUGUUCAAUCUUGGGAAUGACUUUCCUUGGUUCAUGGAUAUGGAGGCGUACACGAAUUUCUACGCUGCGUGGGAGCCCGUUGGGAUCAAUGUUGAGUUUCAGAAGCCGGGGGGGUUCUUUCUGAACGGAACGAGGCUGCAGUGGACGUCCAAUCCUUCCGACAGCAUUGAUCAAGGAACCAACAUCUUCGCGGGUUGGCUCGUCUGCGACUGGUGGCAUGGCGCUCCACAGCUCUUCUUCCGCAUCGCGGGCUACUCCAUCGCCGACUACCCUGCGCCGAGCAGUUGUGCGGAUGUGCAUCUGCAUGCGGAGUUCAUUUGA